AUGGGAAAUCAUUCUAGUGUUGCUUCUAAACCUUGGAUUUCAUUUAAAACAAGUUUAAUAAAAAAAUAUGAAAAAUAUAGUGACAGUAAAGAUAAAAAUGAUGAUGAAUAUCAAAAUGAUAUUACAGAAAUUCAGCGUGAAAAAGAAUUUCGUCAAAAACAAAUUUCUAAAAAUCAUUACGGAGAUUAUAUUUUUGAUCAUCGUGCGUUGUUGAAACGAGGGCCAUUCGGUACUAUUCAUUUGGCUGUAGUACGUCCAAAAAAGAACGACUCCUCUCUUAGAAUGGUAAUCGUAAAAGUUACUCCAAUCGCAGUAAAAUAUUAUAAUCGUUGGUUUAUAGGGGAGAAAUGUGUUAACGAAGCAAACGCAAUCAAAUGGAAUAAUGAAUAUGUCAAGAAUGAAGCCAAGACUCUGUCGUGUCUUUGUCAUGCAAGAUGGUUCAUGAAUAGGGACGCGUUUUAUUUAAUUGUUGAUUAUCAUGAAGGUGGAACUUUAGCCGAUUUUAUUCCACCAUCUGGUAAAGACGAAGAUUCGGCCCUUCGUUUAAUGAUUCAAGUUUUUGAAGCAAUUAAAUAUAUCCAUGAUAAUAAUAUUGCUCAUUGCGAUAUCAAUCCUGAAAACAUUUUAUUUUCAUCAGAUCGUAAACGGUUAAUCUUAACUAAUUUUGAUCAUUCUCAAUUAGAAUGUGAUGACUUAAUAAAAGAUUCCGAAUCUGUUCAAACUAAAAUUGAAUCCUCAAAAGUUUUGAAAGGAAAGGCUGGAUUUUACGGUCCGGAAUGUGAUCCACGUGAACACAUUCCGUUCAAAGGUUUCAAAAAAGCUGAUAUGUAUAGCUUAGGUGUAACCAUUUACGUUGUUUUAACGUAUCAUCUACCAUUUGAUCCAACACAAUCAAUAAGACAUCAAUCAUUAUAUUUUCCUGAUCAUAUAUCAUUAUCAGCUCAACAUUUUAUUCAAAAUUUACUUUCUAUCGAACCAUCACGUCGUAUGACUAUAUCUGAUUGUUUUAAUGAUUCUUGGUUAAGAAUUCAUGAUAUCUCAGGUCGUCGUCCAAAACGAUCUUCAAAUAUUACAAAUCAAUCAAAAAAAUUUGAUAAAAAACAUUUUAAUAAUCAAAAUAAUUUAAAUAAUAAUAAUAAUCAUCAUCAUAUUAGUUAUUCUCGUCGUCGUAAUCAUCUUUUUAGUCAAAAAAAUUGUGAUAUUAGUUGUACAUCUAAUUAA